GAGAAAUGAAAGUGAUAGAAAAAUUAAAGCUAUUAAAAAUAAGAUUUUUAUUUUAGAAGAGCACAGAAAUUCAUUUGUGACCUCCAAAUUAUAUGAGCAACAAGUAAUCACCUUCAGCUUUCAAAUCCCUCCAAAUUAUGCACAGAAAUAAUGCACCAACGAUAGAGUAACUUCAGCUAUCUCUAUGGUCUGGGGCACACAGUAUCCCAAAGUGUUUUUUUUAAAGGCACAAAAAAAAUGAACGGGUGUUCACUGACCAUGAACUCAUUCAGUACCCUUCUUUCACCAACUAGGUUAUUAGCAAUAAAGCUGUACUAGUAAACCAAGGUUUGGGACACAGGCCUGCAAUGAAAGCUAUCCCUAUAUCAAAAAUUUCAGGAAGAAGAAAAGUUUAAGACCUUGAACAUAAGCAAAUAAAUCAAUAGAUAAAACAUUAAUAAUAGGAGGAAAUGUGGCCUCAAGUAAACAAGUUCAAGCAUCUGAAUAUUGCAAAAUAGAAGGAAAUGAUCCAAAUCCUUGAUGAGACAGAGGACCCAGUGGAAUUUGAGAAAAUAGAACUACAACAUGCUGUUCCUGAGUGGUUCAAAAGAGAAAUUAGAAAUAUGAAAGCAGAAUUUAUGACACACAGCAAAAAUAAUAGAAUACAAAAAGUGGAAUCUUCAACAGCAAGUCUCACCAAAGAAGCAAAAGUGAGAACAAUAGAUUGGGAAUACAAGCAUACAAAUGUGGACAAACUAGAAGAGAAGCGGAAAAACAAGAAUAUUAAAAGAUAAUGUACUCACUGGCCAAGCAAAACAUGGAUCUUGAAAACAGGAUGCAUAGAGACAGCAUGAAGAUCAUUGGUUUCCUAGAAGAACAUGAUAGGAUUAAAAAAAAAACAUAACACUGACCAUAGUGAGGGAAAUAGAAGAAAAUUGCUUAGAAUUUCUAAUUAUAGAAUAUGAAAUACCAGCUGAAAGGAUUCACAGAUUACUUCUAGAACAACAACAACAAAACUCAAGGAUGCAAACUCCAAGAAACUUCAAUUCAGAGACAAGUUAUUUUUCAAGUAAUCUGGAAAAAAACCCUUCAAAUACCAAGAAAAGGAAAUUAAAAUAACAAGACUAUUCUGCACCCACCCAAAAACAUAGGAAGGAAUGGGAUUAAGUGUCCAAAGAGCAAUGGAUGUAGCUCAGAGUGAUCUCUCCUGCAAAUCUGAGCUUAACCAUAUGUGAAAAAAAGAUAGAUUGCAAAGAGGCAUUUGAAACACUUUUAGAAAGAAAAUCAGAACCCAAGAAAUUAUUUGUUUCUUGAACACUCCAGACAACAGAAAUGCAGGAGAUGUAAACAAAUGCCUCAGCCAAGGACAACAAAAGUAAUGGACUAACAGCUGAGACAUCAAGUCUUUCUAACUACACACAAGGACAUAGAGGUGAAGGUGGAAGUCCUGUGGAGGUAACUGUGAGGAGCUGGGAAUGGAGCAUGGUGGACAGUGGCAUUGCCUACAGGGAGGAUGGAGGUUGGUGGAGAAGCUGGCUUCAACAGAGCUACCAGGUUGUCAAAGAGAAGUCCACAGAAGCACUGGAAUUCAUGAAACGGGACCUAACUGAAUUUAGCCAGGUGGUACAACAUGACACAGCAUGUACCAUUGCAGCCACUGCCAGUGUGGUCAAGGAAAAGCUGACUACUGAAGGUUCAUCUGGAGCAACAGAAAAGAUGAAGAAGGGGCUCUCUGACUUCCUUGGGGUGAUCUCAGACACAUUUGCCCCUUCCCCCGACAAAACCAUUGAUUGUGAUGUCAUCACCUUGAUGGGCACACCAUCAGGAACUACCGAACUUUAUGAUAGUGCCAAGGCUCGCCUGUACAGCCUACAGUCAGACCCUGCAACAUACUGCAAUGAGCCCGAUGGACCUCCAGAGCUGUUUGACUCUUGGUUAGCACAGUUCCACUUGGAGGAAAAGAAAGAAGAGAUCUCCAGUCUGCUUAUCAGCAGCCCCUCCAUCCGGGCCCUCUACACCAAGAUGGUCCCAGCAGCUGUUUCCCACUCAGAAUUCUGGCACCGAUACUUCUACAGGCUCUACCACUUAGAGCAGGAAGAGGCCCGGAGGGAUGCUCUGAAACAGCGGGCAGAACAAAGUGUUUCAGAGGAACCAGGCUGGGAGGAAGAUGAAGAGGGACCCUUGGUAACAUCUCAGCUGAAUAUGCAAUCCCAAGAAGAGGAAAAAGCUGCUAUCUUGUUCCCUGCCCCAACUGCAAAGGGUUGGGCCAGCAGUCCUCAGAGUCCUUCUGAAGAGGGUUUGGGGGUUGUGGCUACACAGUCAGCUGAAGUCACCCCUUCAGAGAGCAGCGAGAGUGUCUCACUUGUGACCCAGGUCGUCAACCCUGCUUUUCCACCUGAAGCUGAAGCACUAAUGCAGCCAGCCCCUGCUAAGGACCUCUCCCAAAAGCUUUUGGAAGCAACUUUGGAAGACCCUGUUCCCACAGCUGAUACAGGAGAGACAGGCCCACCUCCUGUGGAACGAUCCAAACCUUCCACCCCCACUGGUCGUCCAAGCAGCUCUGAACCCAAGCCAGUGAUCAGAGUAGAGACUCUGAGAGAGGAGGGACCAACAGACUUACGGGUGUUUGAAUUGAACUCGGACAGUGGGAAGUCUACGCCUUCUAACAAUGGGAAGAAAGGUUCCAGUACUGAUAUCAGCGAAGACUGGGAAAAGGACUUUGACCUGGACAUGACUGAGGAGGAGGUGCAGCUGGCAUUGUCCAAAGCUGAUGGAUCUGGAGAGCUGGAAGAUGUGGAGUGGGAAGACUGGGAAUGAGGUGGGAGGGCUUGGAGAGGACACUCCUCCACACCACACGGCUCCCACCUCCCUCCUCAGCCCUGUCCUGGAUGGCCCCCUGGACAUUCCUCCAGCCACCUGAUGCUGUCUGUUCCAUCUUCAGAGUCCAACACGUGCCCCUCUCCAGGAGGGACCUCUCUGAGGCCAGACAGUCAUGUGACCUGUGCCAAUUCUAGGCUGGGGGGGAGGGGAAUCCCACCACCACUACCACCACCACUUUAGAAGAGCCCAGAUUUCUCUGCUGUAAAUCCACUGCCCCCAGGCAGUACCCACAGUGGCCUCUUGUCCUCUGCCUGCUUGUGUGGAAGCUAAAUCUACAGACCACUUUAGAGCCCCGGUGGAGCCCUUUGCUCACCUGCUGUCCCCUCCACGGCCUGUCUCCCUACCAGGAUCAAGGCUCCAAAAAAGGAGGGGCUGACUUCAGAAAGCCCCUUUCCUGCCUUAGGUCCGUUUCCAUCUUUUCCCUGAGCAUCUGCUUUCCCUUCCCCAGGUCUUUCCCCACCCUACCAUAGGUGGCCUUCUUUGUCUGACUCUACUGGCUGGGGCAGUGAAGGGGCGGUGGGGAAAGGUGACGGGUUCACUUGUCUUCGGGGGAAUGUUCCCCAAGGAAAGGCUGUUCAUUUGGAGGAAAUGCCCACAUCUUAGGGGACUCCUCUCCCUUUACCAGGCCUUUUCUCUCUAUUCAUGAGGCCCAAGUGAUCUCUGUCUUUCAGAUUCUAAGUGGGGACUAUCCUAGUAUUGAUUGGAGACCAAAUGCUGCCCACCGUCACCACAUCCCUGGUAUUUCAGAACCCCCCUCUCUCCCAGUGCCUCUUCACAGCACCUGCUUCUCCAACACUCAAGGAGCUGAGCUACUCCCAGCUGAGCUUUUCAGUCUGAGGACAUGCUCUCCUUGCAUUUCUUGCUCUGCUCUCACCUCCCUGAGCCAGGGGGAGCCACUUCAAGCUCUUAUUCCUUGGCGGGGUGAGGGAUGGACCUUCUGCAGCCCUUUUCCUUGGACUCUAAGAAACACACCAUGUGGAAUAUAACCUCUUCACAAACAGGAUUGAAGGUACAGUCACAGCCCCCGAGAACCCUUUUACAGCCUUCCUUGGGUAAGCCAUGAGUUUCUUCUAAAGACACCCCAUUGCUCCUCCUUGGGCCAUGUUGUAGAGCAAGUAGGCACACCUGCCCAUGCUCAUCUACACUCACCUCCUGACAUCAUUUGGCUAGCGUGAAUUUUCCCCCCUGGCCUUAAGGGCCCCUGGUUCUGGGGAGACAGUGGCUUCUGUCUUCAUUCUCUCUUAGCCCCCUUCUCUGGGUGGGGAGGGGCACCCUCAAGCUGCUUCCCACUGCUGCUCUGUGGACUCACAGACAGAAGCUGGUGUGUUUGACAACCAAGGUCAUGGGAAAAGGGGAGGGAGAAUGGCCAAUCAGUCACAUUCAUCAAGAAAGUCAAGUUGGGGAAAAUGCUGAAUCUUUCUCUGGGGCUGGGAGGGUGGGGGGUUUUCUCUUUGUAAUCUGUUUAGUUUAACCUUUUUGGUUGUUUGUGCAAUAUUAUAUAUUUUAAAUUAUAAUGCAUCUCCCCAGAGCAUUUUGUAGCUGUAAAAAAUGAAAAAAAAAAAGAUUCUAACAGCUGUUAGUUUUGUAAUUUAAAAACCCCACAAAGAAACUUUGUCCUGAACCUUUUGCAGACAUGCAGUUAACAGCAAUUAAAGACAUUCGACAUUA